AUGGCGGCAGGGCUGUUUUCUCAGUUUUUCUUAUUAACAUGGAAAAAUAUUCUGCUACAGAGACGUAAGAUAUGUGUGACGGUCUUUGAAAUUAUACUUCCACUGGUUUUCCCGGUAUUUCUGAUAAUUAUCAGAAAUAUUGCGGACUAUAAACCAGAGACCAUGAACGCCACAACGUUCAACGAAGAAAGCAUCUAUAGUGUUUAUAUGGACAAGGUUCUAUACGUCCCCAAUACCACGGUGAUAGAAGGCCUCAUGAACAACACGAAAAAAGUUGUGAAAGGAUUUGCAAACGAAGAAGAUCUUAUGAAUUAUCUACAACAGUCUAACAAGGACAACACCGACUACUGGGAUACGGGAAUUGUAUUUGAUCCGCCCCCGUCGUACGUAUCGGACCUCCCAGAGGACAUUACAUACACUAUACGUAUGAGAGGACAAUGGGACACAGAGGAUCAGUACGCGGACAAAUCCUUUAAUCCUGGACCGGCGUAUGACUGGCGCAAUGACUACAAAGUGGGCUUUCUUUUCAUAAAAUAUUGUCUAGAUACUGCUAUCAUGGAAUAUUUCAAUUCCUCUGUCAGUCUACCAGACAUAAAAUUACAACGAAUGCCUUAUCCUCCAUACGUAAGAAACCCUGCGGCAAAUUUCAUAAGACUCUCUAUUGCUAUCACCACCGUAAUUGGACUUAUUCUACCUGCACUGCAACUGACGAAGGAAAUAGUCUAUGACCGAGAGAAGAAACUUAAAGAAACGAUGAGGAUGAUGGGACUGAGUUCCUUUGUUUACUGGUUCUCCUGGUUUUUUAAAGGAUUUAUAUAUCUGAUCAUCACCUUUGCUAUCGUCGUUCUUAUCUUGCAAGCCGGGCCCAACAAGAUGUUUGAAUUUUCUGAUUCCUCUUUGCUUUUCUUUUUCUACUUGUCCUAUGCAGUAUCCGUAGUGUCAUACUGUUUUUUGUUCAGCACAUUUUUUAACAAAGCAAAUACAUCCUCUUAUUUUGCCGGAUUUUUCUUUUUUGUUACAAUUAUACCAAAUUUUGCACUGGAUUCAAAGUUUUCGGACAUGACGAAGUCCACAAAGAUGGCAAUAUGCUUGUUAAACAAUAUGGCUAUGGCAUUUGGUUUUACAUCAGCAUCAGAAUAUGAAACGAAAGGAACGGGGGUUAGAUGGAAUACUUUCACCAAACCACCAACAGUGGAUGGAGAUUUUUCCUUUGGUGACACCAUCUUGAUGCUCUGGGUCGAUAGUGCAAUUUACCUUUUGAUCACGUGGUACAUAGAUGGUGUCAGGCCUGGAGAAUAUGGAGUUCCUCAACCAUUUUAUUUUCCAUUUACGAAGACAUACUGGUUCGGUGGCAAGCAGAUUCGUACGACCUCACAUCAAGAUGUUGAACACAGUCCAAAAUAUUUUGAAAAAGAACCGUCGGGUCUCGAAAUUGGUAUAAGUAUGAGGCAUUUACGUAAGGUGUACACAGCUGGUCUUAAAGAAACUGUUGCUGUGAAAGAUAUGUCACUUAAUAUCUUUCAAGGGCAGAUAACUGCACUGCUAGGACAUAAUGGUGCAGGAAAAACUACAACUAUGUCUAUGUUAACCGGUUUUAUACCAUCAACUUCCGGUUCUGCGAGGGUAAACGGAUAUGACAUAAAUGAUGACAUCAGUAGUGUGCGGGAAAGUCUUGGCAUGUGUCCACAACAUGAUAUUUUGUUUGACAGUCUGACUGUGAAGGAACACCUCGAAUUUUAUUACAAACUUAAGGGAUGCAAUAAAGCCAAAAUGAAGGAGGAUAUAAAGAACACACUACGCAUUUUCAAGAUUGAAGAAAAACAAAAUGAUCUUGCAAGAAACUUAUCAGGCGGACAAAAACGGAAGUUGUCGGUAGCCAUAUCACUGGUUGGAGGUUCAAAGGUAAUUAUACUAGAUGAACCUACAUCAGGCAUGGAUCCUGGGGCACGGCGCCAAAUGUGGGAUAUUCUUCAGAAGUUUAAAGAGGAUCGAACUAUAGUACUCUCUACUCACUUUAUGGAUGAAGCUGAUGUUCUUGGAGACCGUAUUGUUAUCAUGGCUGACGGAGUGGUUAAAUGCUGUGGAUCUUCUUUGUUUCUGAAAAAACUUUAUGGAGCCGGAUAUCACUUAGUAAUGGUUAAAGAACCACGAUGCGAUGUAACCAAGUUAUUAGAAACAAUAAAAAGCCAUCUUUCGUCAGCCUCUUUAGAAAGCAAUGUUGGGGCGGAGUUGUCUUUUCUUCUUCCUACAGAAGGGUCACCCUCCUUUGAAGACCUGUUCAAGGAUAUAGAGGAAAAUGCACCAAAGCUUGGGAUUAGUAGCUUUGGGAUUUCUGCUACGACGAUGGAAGAAGUUUUUUUGAAAGUAAAGGAAAAUACGGGAGAAGUUAACUCAGCCUAUAAAGACGAUGUCACUGACGAUCGUCAUGAGCUUCUACACGCACCUGAGGGUUUGUCCUCUCAGCAACACAAUACGGAAAUUAGCGAUGUCCUAGAUUUUAACAUGGGAUUUAAAAAGAACACUGGAAUAUCAGCCAUUUUUCAACAAUUCCGAGGACUAAUGAUGAAGAAAGCUUUGCAUACAUGGCGAAGCCGAUUUAUGAUGAUAAUUCAACUUGCUGUUCCUAUUUUACUAGCGAUAUUCGGACUCAUGGCUGACCAUUUUCUAAACAAUCUAAUACAGCGUCCACAGCCUCCUCUUAAAUUAGAUUUAGAAUAUUUUCCAAGCGCCAUAACCACUGUAACUCGAGGACCUAACUCGACAUAUAUUUCAGAAAAUAUGACGAAAGAGUAUGAAAAGUAUUUCAGACAAAGAGGUUUGCAGGUAGUUGAGUAUAAAGCGAACCCGUCCUCAGAGUUUAACAUUAACAAGUUUUGGCUGGACAUUGAUCACCAGAUUGGACAAAGACCUUUUAAUUCACGAUAUGUCAUUGGAUUUGGAUUCAGCGGAGAUGAUAUUAUCAGUUAUUAUAACGGGGAAGAUAGUCAUGCUAUUGGAAUUAGUUUGUCUUACACGAUGGAUUUCCUUUUUAAAUUUUACUUUGGCAAUUCAAGAAGUAUACAAACUAUAAAUCACCCAUUUCCACCGAUAGAGGAUAGAUAUUAUUCAGAUCAGGGGUCUGGAUUGGCAGCUUUUAAAGGUCUUACCAUUGCUUUGUGUGUUUUAUUCGGACUGUCUUGUUUAGUGGCGUCUUUCAGCGUCUUUCACAUCAGGGAAAAGUCUUCUGGAGCCAAACACUUACAAAAGGUCAGCGGAGUAGGCUCUACGGUCUUCUGGUUGGCCAAUCUUACCUGGGAUUUCAUCCAUUACCUGAUCCCAAUUUUUCUUAUCCUAAUUUGCUUUGCUGGAUUCCAAAUUCCGCCAUACACAGAAGAGAAUAGACUGGGAAUUGUGUUUCUGAGUUUGUUUCUGUUUGGUUUAGCAUCCAUUACAUGGACAUAUCUUUUACAUUUCAUCUUCCGAUCACCUGCAGGUGGAACGGUAGCUAUGAUAAUAAUUAACACUGUCGCAGGUUUAUUUACCUUAUUAAUGGUCACCUUCUUGUAUCCAAGUCCAGAUACCAGAAGUGCUUCUGAAACAAUGGAUAAAGUCUUUAUGAUAGUUUUGCCUCAUUUCUGUUUGGGAAAAACAUUUACGAACAUCUAUGUGCGAUAUGCUCUUCGAUUUCAAUGCCGUAAAUCUUUAGGUCCGAAUGUUACACAAAUGUUCUUGACUAAAGAGCAGUGCCCCACCGACAACUAUCUGGAGUGGGAUUAUCCAGGGUGUGGUCGUUACCUGUGUAUGAUGUCAAUACAGUGGGUUGUUUUUAUGAUUUUCGUGCAUCUCUUGGACAGCGGAGUAAUACAUCGUUUUGUCAACCGAACUCUGUGUAGUACAAGCAGUGGAACUGCAGACUCGGAUAAUGAUUCCAGCAUUAAUCCGGAUUCGGACGUAUUAGAAGAAGCAAUGAGAGUACACCUGGCUCAAUUGGACGACCUUAUGAAAACCGACAAACUUAUUAUUAAAAACCUUAAGAAAACAUAUGGCGUCGUCGAUCCGUUUCAUGCAGUAAAGGGAAUAAGUGUAGGAAUAACUGAGCAAGAGUGCUUUGGACUGUUAGGUCAAAAUGGUGCAGGGAAAACGACAACAUUUAAGAUGUUGACUGGUGAUGUGAUGAGUUCUAGUGGAAACGCCUUUAUCAACAGUUUUAGUGUUGAUAGUCAGUUGCAACAGGUCCAUCGAUGUCUUGGAUACUGCCCCCAGUUUGACGCAUUGAUUGACACUUUAACAGGAAGGGAGAUUUUGACACUUUACGCGAGAAUGAGGGGGAUAAAGGAUAGGGAAAUCAAGCGGGUCAUUAAUGAUCUACUGGACGCAGUCACCCUCACAAAAUAUGCCGACAAACUGUGCGGUGCUUACAGUGGUGGAAACAAAAGAAAAUUGAGCACGGCCAUUGCACUGAUUGGAGAUCCCCCAUUCUUAAUGUUGGAUGAACCAACAACAGGCGUGGAUCCGGCGGCAAGGAGACAAAUGUGGAACGUACUUUCUAAGGUCCGGACAAGUGGAAGAACGCUUGUCUUAACCUCUCACAGUAUGGAGGAGUGUGAUGCCCUUUGUACUAAGAUAGUCAUCAUGGUAAAUGGAAGAUUUGUCUGCUUUGGGAGUCCUCAACACUUAAAGAACAAAUUUGCACAGGGCUAUACCUUGACAGUGAGACUAGCACGUGACAAUAACGGAAACGCAGUUGAUUCUCAUUCAUUAUGUAAUCAUAUAGGUAAAGAAUUCCCAGGAACCGAAGUUUUUGAUGAUCAGCAGGGCUAUCUUGAUAUCCAAAUUCCGCAUCAAAGUUUAUCGUUGGCAAAACUUUUCAAAGAAAUGGAGAAAACAAAAUCUGAAUAUAAUGUAGAAGAUUAUUCAGUACAUCAGACGUCCUUGGAGCAGGUUUUUCUUGGGUUCACGAGGAUGCAGGUGCCACCUGCAGACAAAAAACGGGUGUGUCCUUGUUGUUUCUGUUGUCGAUCAAAACCAGUUGUUCAAUGACGUUAUCAGAGUUCAUAGGUGACAAAAUGUUGAUGUCAUUCUUCUGUUUAAAUUCGACUCAA